UUUAAACUAUUUAAAAGCAAAUUAAUAAUGAAUAAAAGCAUCAUUACAAUGCAUAAAUAUAAAUGUGUGACCCUGUAAAUGUGAAAAAAAUCCUCCAACCUGUAUACACAACCGAUAAAACAGAAAACUUUCACAAAAGAAAAAUGUCAAAAAACCCUCCACUUUUUUUCCAUGUGUAGGUGAUUAGUUCAGAUCCCAUAUUAAACACUGACAUCAUCAUCCUGCCAUACUGAACUCCAUCUAAUGCAUCUUUUACAGUAAAUAUAAGUGCAGUUUUCUGACUUCAUAUUCAUUAGACAGAUUACAUUCCUGAAGUCUUUCCCCUUACAAACUCUCAGACUAAAGCUUCACAUGCCAAAUAAUCCAUUAAGGAAAUCAUCAUACAUGAAAACAGACACACAUGUUGUGCUUGACUUAAAUGGCUUUAAUUCAUGACCUUCUAAGCAGAGCCUCUGUGAUGUGGCUUUCUAUACGUGUGUGUUCUCAGCUCAUCCCGCCCACUUCCUGCAGCGCUCCUGGAACGGCUCUUCAAACUUCUACUGAUGUCACUGCACUUUCUACACAUUCACACGGGAAUCAAUAAAACCACAGCAGACGGCACUCCAAAUCACACUUUCAGAUGGAUAUCAAACGUGUAUUCAUGCAUACAGAAUGUCAAUUUAAGAAACCAAAAAAUUCCAGGAGCUGAAAUUCCCUGUCAGAGGCAGCGUCAGAGUUUGAAGAGGUGAAAGAGAGGAGAAUCUGGACAUGCAUGGCAGGAUCUCACAGUUGUUCUUGAUUAAUGCAUUGACAUGUGGCCUGGAGGUAUGCUUGGCUGCUGGGACCAUCUACAUCCCACCUAUGCUGCUGGAGGCAGGGGUGGAAGAACGAUUCAUGACUAUGGUAUUGGCUGUGGGCCCAGUCCUGGGGCUGAUCGCGGUCCCUCUAAUUGGUUCGGCGAGUGAUAGUUGGAGAAGUAAAUAUGGUCGCCGGCGUCCCUUCAUAUGGGUUUUGUGCAUGGGCGUCCUGCUCGGACUCUUGAUCAUCCCUCAGACGUCCACCCUCUUCACCCUGCUGACAAAACGACAGCAGCAUUGGCUGAAGGUCCCACUGCUGGUCCUUGCCAUUUGUUUGGUGGAAUUCUGUGGUCAGGCUUGCUUCACCCCUCUAGAGGCCUUGGUCUCUGACCUCUUUCCUGGAGAGGAAGAGAGUCGCAAGGCUUUUUCCGUCUACUCCCUCAUGCUCAGUCUGGGCGGAUGCAUUGGCUACCUGCUGCCCGCGGUUGACUGGACAACUUCGGACACUGUGGUCUACUUGGGUGGACAAGAAGCCUUCAUCUACAUUGUUCUGACCUUCAUUUUUCUCUCCUGUUUGAUGGGUACAACCUUCAUCUCUGAGGAGAAGACAGUACGAGAAAGGCUGGGGGAAGCUGAGGUGUCCAGAAAGCCUGAAAAACUAAAGACUUACUGCUGCCCUUGUGUGGCAUUCCCCAGAUUUCUGCUUUUCCGAAGGACGUACUCUAGUCUCGUUUCUGUGGUUCCCCGACUCUACUCGCUGUGCAGUCGCAUGCCAAAAGUCAUUGCAAGGCUGUUUGUCGCGGAGCUGUGCAGUUGGAUGGCACUUAUGUCCUUUAUGCUUUUCUACACUGACUUUGUUGGAGAAGGAUUGUAUAAUGGGGUGCCCAGUGAAGAGCCAGGCUCCUCAGGAAGGAUCCGCUAUGAUGAAGGUGUUCGAAUGGCCAGUCUGGGUCUUUUCCUACAAUGUGUGACCUCUGUGAUCUUCUCAUUGCUAAUGGAGCGUAUGGUGUUGUGUAUCGGUGCCAGGAAGCUGUAUCUGAGCAGCGUGGUUCUGCUGGCUGUGAGUACAGCAAUUAUGACCAUAUCCCACAACAUUAUACUAGUCACCAUCAUGGCUGCUGCUACAGGAUACACCUUCUGCACCCUGCAAAUUCUGCCAUACACACUCACAUGUUUAUACCACUCAAAUGCACAGGUCUUUUUCUCCACCGAAAGGAGCAAUUUUCCUCUCAGGGAGGAAGAUCUAAUGCUAAUCAGAUCAGAGAUGCCAUCCUCGACUAAGCAGAAAAGAGCUAAUGGGUGCGUCAAUGGGUAUCCAGGUACGAUACCCUUCCAUAGCAAUAUAAAAAACUCACAACCACAUGAUCUGCAUGUGUCUUUAACCAUGGACACACAACCCUCAGCCCAAAGAGGCAUGGGCACAGACAUCGCCAUUUUAGACAGUGCCUACCUGCUGUCUCAGGUGGUCCCGUCCCUCUUCAUGGGCUCCAUCGUCCAACUCUUCCACAGUGUGACCGCAUACAUGGCCUGUGCAUCUUUGUUGAGUCUGGUGGCUGUGUAUUUCUCCAGUAAGAUUGUCUUUGAGAAGGCGGAUAUUGAUGCAAGAUGACAGGGAUGUUCCCAAAAGAGACUCUGGAUAGUUACAAAAAACUAUAAAGGGCAGCUGGUUCUGUUUAGUAGUUUUGGAAAAGGCAUUUAAUUGCACAUUACCAUCGCUCUAUGUAAUUUAAGUAAUUUAUUGAAAAAAAAAACAAAAAAACCUUAAGCUAUAUGAUUUUCAACAAACAAUAUAUGGUCAUGCAUAUAUAUAAAAAGUCUUAUUUGAGCAUUGAUUUAUUUGAUGGAACUACUGUUAUCUAACCUGUGUCUGUCUAUGUUCCCUUGCUUUUUAACAAUAUAUGGUUUAGUUCCUGUUCUUUCCUGUUUCCCCUUCAGGUUCCUGUUCCUGUUCCCAUUUUUGGUUCUGCUCAUUACUUUGUUAAGUUCAUUAACAGUACAUACCAGCAUCUGUUUUACCCUUAUUAGUGGUCUUAUUAAGUCUCUCUCUUUUUUCUCUUUGUGUUUGUCGGUUAAUGUAGAUGUUAGGCUGUGUGUAAGCUCUUAGUCGUUGGAGGAGGAUAACCAAUUAAAGGACUUUAUAUUAUUGGAAUAACCUUUGUCUGCCUGCUUCAUCAUCCUAACAGCAGAGUAGGACAACAAUAUCAUAUUUGCAAUAUUACACAAUUGUAUGCCUUUAAAGCAGAGAAAUAACAUACUUGGGCGUAUUGAAGUGCAGGAAAGUAAAUAUACUAAAUGUUUGCUUUAAAGCAAGGACGAGUGAUUGUUUCAAGUUUUAAAUCUUGUGACACCCUGUACAACCUGUUAAAAAAAGUGCUGUUUACAUGUUUGGUUCAGAGAUCGUUGACUAUCUGAAGAGAGAAAGGAACAAGUCUGAAGUUUUGCGGGCUAUUUUAUUUGUUUUCUUUGUUAGUGCUUAAAGAGCAACAAAAAGACUAGAUUGGAUGUCUUAAUGGCUUAUUUUAUUUGAUACAUCUUUGAGAUUGCAGACAAAUAAAUGUAUUCAUUGCAAUUUGUUUCAAAUAGUUCCUUGUACUGUAUUUUUACAGUAGGUUCUUUUUUGUGUUUGAUGUAAGAUAUAAUGUUGCUAUCUUAAAAGGCAUUUGCAAGUAAAUUUGUUAAAUUAAAUUAACUAAAUAAAAUCUAAAACUUAGAAUGUACUUUAUAAUUGAGGUCUGGCUAUGUCAGGAAUGGCAUAAUACACUUUUAAU